GAGGCCUUGAACUCAGGGUCACGUGCCAAACAUGGUUUUCCGGAAGAGCUCUCAUAGAGCAGUGCGCUGCUUGUCUUACAGUGAAACGAACGAAUUCGUCCGGACAGUUAGUUGGUUUGUUUCCUGUGCAACAGUAAACCAUUCAUCAUGGCAGGACUCCGUAAAAUGAAGAAGUACAACUGGAAGGACAGUAACAUGGCGCUGUUCGGCAGCGACCUCGAGAGGCAGGUCAAAAAGGCAUCGGCUCUGGGGGAGCCCGCCUGGAAGGAAGCGGGCACCAAGCCGGGACUUCAGAUCUGGAGGAUUGUGAAAUUCCAAGUGACUGAGUGGCCCAAGGAGGACUACGGGAAAUUCUUCAACGGCGACUCUUACAUUAUCCUCAACACUUAUACAGAGGGCGGGUCGGCGGACCUGAAGUACGAUGUUCACUUCUGGAUCGGCAGUGAAAGCUCCCAGGACGAGUACGGCACCGCGGCGUACAAGACCGUAGAAUUGGAUACUUUCCUGGACGACAAGGCCGUGCAGCACAGAGAGGUCCAGGGAUUUGAGUCCGAGCUCUUCCGAUCAUAUUUCAAGAGCCUUGUGACGAUGGAGGGUGGUGCGGAGACGGGUUUCCGGCACGUGGAGCCGACCAAGUACAAGACCCGCCUCCUCCAGGUCUUCGGGAAAGGGGCUAACCUCACCAUCAGGGAGGUGCCGCUGAACAAGAAGAGUCUCAACAGUGACGACGUCUUUAUCCUCGACGCUGGCACAACCGUCUGGCAGUUCAACGGAAACAACGCCAGUCCGUUCGAAAAGGCGCGGUCUAUGGAGUUCCUCCAGAACAUCGAGGGUGAGCGUGCCGGCCACGCCAAGGGUGAGGUGGUGGACGAACACAGCAUCAGCGAGGCGCACCAGUUCUACAGCUAUCUUGCGGAUGAGGACGAAGAAGGGGCAGACGAGGUGGACAUUGGAGGAGAGAAGAAACUGUUCAGCGUGUGCGACGCUUCCGGAAAGACGGAGUUCAAGGAGUUGAAAACUGGCGGCAUCACCAAGGAAGACCUCGGCAGCGAUGACGUGUUCCUGUUUGACUCUUGCGAACAGAUCUUUGUCUGGAUCGGGAAGAACGCCUCGCCCGCCGAGAAGAGGAACGGCAUGACCUACGCACACAACCAUUGCAUGAAGACCAACAGGCCGUUCCUACCAAUCCACGUGGUGAAAGAGGGUCGAAACUACGCUUCCCUCGACAUCGCCCUCUCCGCAUAGACACGCGCGGGGAAUCAUGUCGUCAGGAAAAGUGCCAAUGACGACAUUUAGAAAGUUUUCUGCAUUAUAGUCCUUCGCUUCCUUUCAUGAUAUUUUUUAAAGGAUAGUAGUGUCAAUUAAGACUUUCUUUGUUAAAUGACUUAAUUAUGACUAUUAAACAUUUUUAAAUUCUAGUUAAUUAACAAGCAUGCCGACCUCGUAGAUAACCAGUCUACAUGAUACUGGUAGAGACAAUGGGAGCACCUAGGCCAUUUCCCUUAAAAACAACGUCGGAUGUACGGUUUACAAUGUCAAGUAGCUCGCGUAGUUUAAAUAUUUCAAUAAAGCAAGUAUGCCUAGGGAAUUUACUGUUAUGAAUCUAAAUGAAUCUUUUAAUAAAACAUUUCACUGCAAUCAAUUUCAACUUAUUGAUAAAAAAUACGUUCUUAAUUUUACGGAACUACUUUUACUGCGUCAUAUGGCGGAGAUGACCGAGGUGUUUCGAUUGUGGUAGAGAACAUAGUAUAGAUGAUACUGGUAGAUAACCAAUCUAGAUCUGUGACAUCUUUAGAGCUGUAUUGUUUACUAGUAACAUUCGCAAUGAUAUGUUUGAAAGGACCAAGUGUGGAUUUGCUUAAUGAUAAAAUAUUAUAAUAUGACUUGAAAAAGGUGCUUACUAUUUUCAUGCUGUUCUUUUAUACGCAGGUUUCUAUGAUUAUUAUGAUAUUAUUUCCAUUUUAAUUUAUCUUUUUUAUAUGUUUAUCUUUCAUUGUUGUGUAAUAAAACUUUAUAACCCGA